UACACACAUAAAACACGUGUGUUCUUUUAACUCCUCACAUUCAAAACUAUAUAGAAGAUAUCCCUCUUCACUCCUUCAACUUAUUUCAAACCAAACACAACCUUACACUUAAUAUGAAUUUUCAACAACUUCCUCAUCUCUUUCUACAAGAGAUUCCUAACUUAGGAGGAGGAACUUUCAGUGUAAUGAAGGGUAUUAAGAAGGAAGAAGCUAGAUGCGCACAAAUGACAAUUUUUUAUGAUGGGAAAGUGAUUGUUCUUGAUGAUGUUCCAGCUGAAAAAGCUAAGGAUAUUAUGGUCUUUUCCACUAACAACUAUGCUGUUUAUCCCUCAUUUCUUGGUGGAAACUCUGGCAAUAAGACUAUUCAUGUACCAUCUACAGUACCACCUGUUAUUUAUGAUUUACCGAUGACUAGGAAAGCUUCACUUCAUCGAUUCUUGGAGAAAAGGAAGAAUAGAAUUGCUGCAAGGGCACCAUAUCAAGCAACUUAUCAAGCAGCAACCCUUAAUAAGACAAUUGAUGAAUCCAUGGCAUGGCUCUCCUUGACACCACAAUCACCACAACACAAAUCUGAGUGUAGCUCCACUGCAAUGUUAUUUUAACUGUUUUUGUUUUGUUGGACAGACUCCGACAUUUUUACAGGCUUCUUGCUACCCUGAUGUUAUUUCUCUAUGAACUAGAUCAAUUAGAUGUGUGUUUCCCUAUUUUUGUAAGACUGGGUCAUAUGCUCACAAAAAUAUGUACACAUAUUUGUGAAUGUUGUGGCUCAUGCUUAUUAGUACCAAAUAUGUAUACAUAUUUGUGAAUGUUGUAGCUCAUGCUUAUUAGUACCAUAAUUAAGAGUGUAGUUCUGAUUGAUCCCAAAAACAGUGUAUUUAUAGGUACUUACAUUCACCGUAUUUGUGUGUCUAUUUAACAUUAUUGUUAUUGUAAAUGUCCUCAA